AACAAAGACGUCAAGUCAAGUCAAGUCAAGUGGUAGCUUGCUUGCGAAGUAUGAGGCUUUGAGGCACAAUUAUAUUAUAUUUCAGUUCAUAAUUGUGAAGGAAACAUUCAGAGCGGUUAUUACCAUAGGGAUUCUUAUUAGCCAUAUUCAUUCAAGAUCAUGGGCAGUAAAUACGAGGGACUUGCAGUGGGAAUCGACCUUGGCACAACUUACUCGUGUGUUGCAGUAUGGCAGGAGCAGCAUUGUCGGGUGGAGAUCAUCCACAACGAUCAAGGCAACAACACCACUCCUUCUGUUGUUGCUUUCACAGACAAUCAAAGGUUGAUUGGUGAUGCAGCUAAAAAUCAGGCUGCUGCAAACGCAGAGAACACUGUGUUUGAUGCUAAGAGAUUGAUUGGUAGGAAAUAUAGUGACCCAAUUAUUCAAAAGGAUAAAAUGAUGUGGCCAUUCAAGGUCGUUUCUGGUGUUAAUGACAAACCUAUGAUUGUUGUUAACUAUAAGGGUCAGGAGAAGCAUCUUUCAGCUGAGGAAGUAUCAUCUAUGGUCCUCACAAAGAUGCGGGACAUUGCAGAGGCGUAUUUGGAAACAUCUGUAAAGAAUGCAGUGGUUACUGUGCCUGCUUAUUUCAAUGACUCUCAGCGUAAAGCCACCAUUGAUGCUGGAACCAUUGCUGGCCUCAAUGUCUUGCGGAUAAUCAACGAACCUACUGCAGCAGCUAUUGCAUAUGGCCUUGAUAGGAGAAUUAAUUGUGUUGGUGAGCGAAAUAUUUUCGUAUUUGACCUUGGUGGUGGUACCUUUGAUGUGUCUCUCCUCACAAUUAAGGAUAAGGUCUUCCAAGUGAAGGCUACUGCAGGAAACACUCACCUUGGAGGAGAGGACAUUGAUAACAGAAUGGUAAACUACUUCGUAGAGGAGAUCAAAAGGAAAAACAAAGUGGACAUUAGUGGGAACCCAAGAGCCCUUAGGAGAUUGAGAAGUGCAUGCGAGAGGGCAAAAAGGACACUCUCGUGUGCACUGACUGCCAACAUUGAGAUAGAUGCUUUAUUUCAGGGCAUUGACUUCUGUUCUUCAAUCACUCGUGCAAGGUUUGACGAAAUGAAUAUGGAGCUGUUUGAAGAGUGUAUGGAGACAGUAAAGAGGUGUCUUACUGAUGCUAAGAUGGACAAGAGCAGUGUACAUGAUAUUGUUCUUGUGGGUGGAUCUUCUAGGAUUCCCAAAGUCCAGCAGUUAUUGCAGGACUUCUUCAACAGGAAGGAUCUGUGCAAGAGCAUCAACCCUGACGAGGCUGUUGCUUAUGGUGCAGCUGUGCAGGCUGCUUUGUUGAGUGAAGGCGUUAAGAAUGUUCCAAAUUUGGUGCUGCUGGAUGUGACACCACUGUCUCUUGGUGUAUCGACAUUUGGAGAUAUCAUGAGUGUGGUGAUUCCUAGAAAUACUACUAUUCCUGUAAAGAGGACACAAAAAUUCGUUACGGUUUAUGAUAACCAAUCCUCUAUCAUGACUGAGGUUUAUGAGGGCGAGCGACCAAGAGCCAGUGAUAACAAUUUGUUGGGUUUUUACCAGCUUUCUGGUCUUCCUCUUGCUCCUCGUGGCCAUCCUACGUAUGAUUGCUUUGCCAUAGAUGAAAACGGUAUCCUAUCUGUUUCUACCGAAGAGAAAAUCACCGGCAAGAAGAAUCAGAUUACGAUAACCAAUAACAAAGAGAGACUGUCAGCCGGAGAAAUUAAUAGAAUGAUUCUAGAAGCUGAAAUUUACCAGGCUGAAGAUAGGAAGUUCCUUAGGAAGGCUAAGGCCAGGAAUUCUUUGGAUGAUUACAUUUACAAGAUGAGGAAUGUUUUGAAGAACAAGUAUACUAGUUCAAAGCUUUGCUCACAAGAAAGGGACAAACUUAGUUCUGCAAUUACUAAGGCCUCAAAUUUGCUUGAUGGUGACAACAAACAGGAUGAAAUAGAGGUGUUUGAGGAUUAUCUAAAGGAGUUUGUGAGCCUCUAUGAUCGCAUCAUGGGCAAGAUUGGUUAAUUGCUUUCUAUUUGAGAUUUUAUCCUAGUAUAUGUGAUAAAGACAAUCUGUUAUGUUCAAGUUUGAUAAAUAUGCAAUAGAUAUGUUGUGUAAAUUGUUAGUGGCUGACCUGAGCACUCAACAUACUUCUGAAUUGAUCCCUGGACUCAAACCAUGCAUGCAGAUUACUUGUUUUGCAGCAUGUGUGUUGCUGUUUUGGCUACAUCUCUCUCUAUAGUUAUGUUGUUUAUUGAGUUAAUCUUUUUUCACACUGGGGUA